AUGACGCCUCAUCGACACUCCCUACAAAAGCUGAUCUUGAGUCUCUUUACCCUCUUCCCCUGGAUCGUCAUCGCCUUUCCCGAGACUAGUGAUAAUCGAUGCGAUUGUUACCUCACCAAUGCGAGCAGUUCGAACUAUUUCACUACACAUAAGUUCUUUGACUUUCGGUCAUUAUCACAAUACGCGGACGUGCCUGGCCCGAUCGCAGACCCUUACGAUAGCAGUCAAGCUCUAGCGACCAGCGACUACUUCCUCUCGGAUGAUUGGACCGAAUAUUGGGGAGUGCAGUCAUGGAACAAUAGCGAUUCGGUUGAUGCGGGAACUGCCCCUAUCUUGAUGGUCAACUCGCCCAAUAACAUCUACAUCGAGAACAAUACAGACGCGAGUCCGGCAUCUGACACCUUCAUGACCAUGAGAACGUUGAGACUGGAAGACUACCAGUCGGCUUCCGAGUUUGAAUCUAUCUCGCAGGCGUAUCAUUACGCCUCGGUCCGCAUGUACGCCAGAACGAUCGGCGCCCCAGGGGCCGUCACAGCCAUGUUCACAUACAAAGAUUCUGGCGAUCCUACCCAGUUGACCCACGUACAAGAGUCGGAUCUUGAGAUAAGGACGAUGGAUCCGCCAAACGUUGUCCAGUACACGAAUCAACCCUCAUAUACCUCUCAAGGUUCGGACAUUCCGGCAUCCACCAGGAAUGUGUCGAAUCCGGGGCACUUGGAUUGGACUGAGUGGGCCGUCUACCGAAUGGAUUGGAACCCAUCGAGCACCACGUGGUAUGUCGACGGCGAGAGUGUGGCCUCGAUCGAGUUCCAAACCCCCAGAGAUCCUAGCAUGGUCAUUUUCAACGCGUGGUCUGAUGGUGGCGUCUGGAGUGGAAAUAUGAGUGUUGGGAAUGAAGCAUACCUCCAAGUGCAAUGGAUCGAGCUCGUGUACAACUCGACGGGGUCAGCGAAGACGACAGACAAGCGCGGUGAAGGCGAAUCCUUAGAACGUAUCGAGAGGAGAGCUGAAGCUUCUUGCGUCAACGUCUGUAGCAUGGACGACACGACGAAGAUAGGGACUCCGGUGUUGCUUCAAGGCGGCGCUUCAGGGGUGCUAGGCUACGUGCGCCUAUUCGGCACGGUUGGUUUUUGGAUACCCUUGCUGUCUAUGGCGUUGUUGUUUUGGUAG